AUGUAUAUUUAUAGAUGUGGAGAAGUAGAUCAUCCAGGUAAUUAAUAUAAAUUUAUCUUUUUAACAAUUUUAAACUGAUUCAACUACUUUUUAACUAAUUAACUAAUUUAUAUAACUUUUUUCAGCUGGCCAGGUAUAUUCAGUUGAUUUGCAUCCAGAUGGAGAUCUUUUGGCUACAGCUGGCUUCAAUGAUCGUGGAAAAGGCUGUCUGAUUGUUUGGGAUUUGACAGCAGUUGUUGGAUGUUCUAAAGAUCUGGCUCAAGGUAAGAAUUUAAUUAUUUUAUGUUAUAUUCGAUAUUUAGGUGAAGAAGCUAAAGAAGAUGAAGAAAAGUCAAAGAAAAGAAGUGCUAAGCUGGAUGAAAAGGCUCAUAUGAGUAAGUUAACUGCCUUUUUUUAUCUAAAAAGACUUUCUCUUUUUAGACCGACAGAAUUGUGUCCGUUGGAGCCGAGUCGAUCGAGGCCGAUACCUUGUGGCUACUGGAGAUAACAGUAUUGUGCAUUUAUAUGAACCUUUCAACGACACAGACAAAUCGAAUUUUGAUCUCAAGGAUGCCCUCCAACUAAUUGGGCAUAAAUCAGAAGUUAUUCACGCUGAAUUUAGUCGGGAUGGCAAGUUUUUGGCCAGUUGUUCAUUAGAUUCGUCUGUUAUAAUAUGGGACAUGAAGAAUUUGACAAAACCGUUGAGAAUAUUGACAAGUGAAGAUGGUGGACAUUCGGAUUAUGUUAGAGGAUUAGUCUGGGAUCCAUUAGAAAGGUUUUUGAUCACACAAUCUUCUGAUCAAACGAUAAAAGUAUGGAGACAUGGCAAUUGGGAAUGUGAACAAACUAUCACUGGCUUUUCGAAUGUAAGUUAAUUUUUUGUAUUGUUUUAUAUUUAGGAGGAAAGAAUAUAAGUGUAAGAGGUUAUUUUAACGAGAAAUGGCAAUGAAAGACAGUUUGACGUCUUGAAAACGAAUUUUUCGAUAUUAUCUAUGAUUUCUAAUCUUGAAGAUGCUUAAAAUCUUUAAUUUUAAGCUAUUUUCUUUACAAUUUUUGUUGUUAAAGGGGACAGUUAGGACUAGCAAUGUUUUCUGGAUAUUGUACAACUGAAAAAUGAUGUCAACUAUUUCAGUUAUCGAAAUUCUACUCAAGAAUGGACUGGACAGCAGAUGGAUCAAUGUUAGUAGCUCCUUGUAGUGGAAAUAAUGGUUUUAAUACGGCUAAAAUAAUUUUGAGGAAACAGUGGAUGGCAGAGUUGGAUUUGGUCGGGUUUGAUGGGGCUACAUCUUGCGUUGUAAGUUGAUAUAGGGAUUAUAAGUAUAUUGUAGUAGGUAUUUUUGAGGCUUUUUGUCAUUUUUUGAUAGGGUAUCUUAAGUUAAUGAUGGAAUAGAUGAAAACACUUUUAGUGGUAUGUUCUUUAAGGUUUAAAGAUGCACUUUACUAUGUUUCAGAGAGGAUCUACCAGAUGUAAUAUAAUAACAGUCAAUGACAAGAAGUUAGUUGGGUCAUUGAUAGCAGUUGGAAGUCAAGACCGAUCAGUGAGUAUAUGGAUGUUACCGGUUUAUCAGCGGCCACUGGUAGUAAUUCAAGAGAUUUUACCUGAAGAAAUAUUGGAUUUAUCUUGGCAUGACGAAAAACUGGUCGUAUGUGGGAUUAAUGGGUCUGUCAGAUGUAUAAUAUUAGAGGAAUCGGAGACUGGGCGGUUUUUAAGUGAUCGGGAAAUGGUAAGCGUAUUUUUAAGUUUUUAGGCAAAAAUUUAAAAAAAAGCUACUUGAAUAUUGUAAAUUUGAGUUUUCAUAUUAUUUUAGGUAAAAGUAGAGGUUUUUUCAAAUUUUCUGUCGAUAUUAAGGUUUUUAGUUUAAGUAAAAAAACAUUUGAACUGUAAUUUAGGCUAAUUUUGAAUUUUUCUAGGCCGAACAAUACAGUAAAUCAUUUUCGUACGUACCGUCAGUGUAUAGAGAAAGAGAAGAUGAUGUAGACUAUGGGACAGUUAAUGUAAAGGAUGAUGAGAAGUCGAUUUGGGAUGAGUUUGAUGUUCCUACUGGUAUGACUUUUUAAUUUGAUACUUGGCUGGUAUUGUUAGAGGCGGGGAAGGGAGUGGUUUUUGAAAGUUUUUAAAGAAUGGUGAGGGGGAGGGAGGGGUGACGUUUUUUUUUGCGUUUUUAAUCAAAAUUUGAAGAAGGAAGGCUUUUUUAAAAAAAUUAUAUGGGCGGGGUCAGGGACGUCGUUUGGGGGUUGGCUUGGGGUUACCAGAGCCGAUCCGAAAAAAAAUCCACAGGUACGUGAAAAAACGAGAAACUCCCACCAGAGAAAAAGCCGUAGCGACGUCCCUGGGCGGGGGUAAAAAAAAUAAAAAAUUUUUUUUGAAGGGGGUGGUAAAUUUUUUUUUGUUUUUUUUAUUUUUUGAGACUAAAAAUGUCAUUUUAGAAGAAAUGUGUCAGCUAGCCAAAGACUGUGACAACUACUUUUUACCUCACACGUUAAUGAGGUCUUGUAAUCAAUGUCUUACCAUUAUUCGCGGGUCGAAGUGUAGGUAUCCAGAACCGGAAAUUGAAGUCAUUGGAGAUGAAGAUUAA